AUGAAUGUCACAUGGGGCUUGCUGACGGUUUUGAGUCUGGUGUGCCACACCGAGUCGAGGUGCUCACCGACCUCUUACUAUAAGAACUGCUGGAUUCGACGCUUUCCUGGGAUUUUCAUCGAUAUCGAGGAGUCUCAGAGGAGAGGAGCGCAGCUUCUGAAGUCUUACCAGGAGGAGACGGCGCUCAAAUGCAGCCGCACCUGUUGCCUUACCAGAAAUUUUUCCUGCAAUCUGGCCAUUUUUCACUAUGACACCACUCAAGAACACCUGAACUGCUUCCAUCUGCACUGUCCAACACUGGAGAGCUGCAUUCUCAGCCACAGAGGCAACGUUGUUCUGUACAAUAUCACAAAGGGUGUGGAUCCUGACCUGUUGGUGUUUGGAAAAUACUUCACCUCCAAUGUGCGUGUGUUGCCCCACCACUACAGCCGAGUCAACGCCUCGGAGCCGCUGCCCUCAGACAAACGGCAGUUCAUUCAUCCACCUCCAGCUGCUGCACCACCCCUGACCUCUGCACCCACAGUUAUACCUCCUACCACAGCAAGCAGAGUGCUCACUGCCACCACCACCACCACUACCACUACCUCCACUACACUGCAGAGCACCAGUCAGCCUUCAACAGUUCCCACAACUACAGCUGCCUUAUCCUCCACUCCACAGACUCCACUAACUUCAGGGAGCCAUGCACAAACGACCCCAACCACCUCUGUCACUUCUUUUGCACCCAGCUUUACUACACCUCCUUCAUCCACCACAGCAACCACCCUGAGCGAUUACCAGCUCGAGACCACUCCAGCCUUUUAUACCACAACUGCACAGCCCUCCACAUCCCCUACCCAUCAUCGCACCACCUCCUCUCAGGUGGCCACCAGCCCUUCAGCUUCCACAGCCGUUAUGAGCCAUACAGAGAGCAGCAAGCAAUACCCCAAUGACACCAAGGGGAACCUGGGGAGGAACCACACUGCUGGCAGUGAGGGAGGCCAGGAUGUCAGCGAAGGGGACACCUUCGGCGGCUUGGGACCUGGGUGGCACGUAGCCGCUCACACCUUGCUGGUUGCAGUGGCCAUCUGCAUCACAGUGCUGCUGAGCUGCUGUUGCUCCGUUCUGCUGGUCGUGAGCUGGAGAGGUCAGAGGAAGAGGAUGGGACGCUACCGAACGUCAUGGAGAGGGAAAACAGGCUCCAUGCGUCUGAUAAAGUAUGUGCUGGUCAGAGAAAACACCUGA